CACUCGCAUCCUCUUCCGCAUGGAACCUGUGGUCGGCCCGUACCUUCCCACCACAACGCGAUCCGUGUCACUUCCUGUAAUAUAAUCAAUCCCCCAUCGCCGGCCACCCAAGCGAAACGUGACGAAGGCGACACCCCUCGGAAGCCCCAAACCCUAACCCUAGCUCCUACGUUCUCCGGGGACGGCGGCGGCGAUGGAGUCCCUCGGCGUCCUCAUGACCUUCCCGAUGAACCACUACCUCGAGGAGGAGCUCGAGCGGCGGUGCAAGCUCUUCCGGCUGUGGGAGGCGCCCCCGGAGAGGCGCGCCGAGUUCCUCCGCUCGAACGCCCCCUCCAUCCGCGCGCUGGUGGGGAACGCCAACGUUGGCGCCGACGCCGACACCAUUGACGCGCUCCCCAAGCUGGAGAUCGUCGCCUCCUUCAGCGUCGGCCUCGACAAGGUCGACGUCGCCAGGUGCCGCGAGCGCGGGAUCCGCGUCACCAACACCCCCGACGUCCUUACCGACGACGUCGCCGACCUCGCCAUCUGGCUUGCCAUUGCUGUCCUACGCCGGCUCUGCGAGGCCGAUCGGUACGUUCGUAGCGGGGCGUGGACGACAAUGGGGGAUUUCAAGCUCACUAACAAGUUCAGUGGCAAAAGAGUUGGCAUUCUUGGGCUUGGCAGGAUUGGCUUAGCCAUUGCCAAGCGCGCCGAAGCAUUUGACUGUCCCAUCAGCUACUACUCAAGAUCAGAAAAACCUUACCCAAACUACAAAUACUACCCAAGUGUUAUUGACCUGGCAUCACACUGUGACGUGCUGGUGGUUGCGUGUCCGCUGACGGAGGAGACCCAUCAUAUCAUCAACCGCCAGGUCAUUGAUGCCCUAGGCCCGAAUGGGGUGCUCAUAAACAUCGGCCGCGGGCCGCAUGUAGACGAGUCUGAGCUCAUUGCUGCCCUACUCGAGGGUCGACUAGGGGGGGCUGGUCUAGAUGUGUUUGAGAAGGAGCCGUACGUGCCGGAGGAGCUGUUUAGUUUGGAAAACGUUGUGGUUGUGCCGCAUGUGGCAAGUGCGACAUGGGAGACCCGCAAAGCAAUGGCGGACCUGGUUCUUGGAAACCUAGAGGCACACGUGACGAACAAGCCGCUGUUGACUCCUAUAGUGUGAUUUGUUUAGGGUUAGUUUGAGAAAGCUUUGGUAUAUACUGUGAAGCAGAUUUAUUUGAUGAAUGGAACAGAUGUGUCCUUGAGACCAACUGUUGUUUGGAAAUAAAAGAUCGAUGGCUUCCAAGCAAUCCCUUUUAAACCCAGAUCUAAAGUACAAAGAUUUUAGACUCGAA